ACUAAGACGGUGUCCGAAAAGCUAUCGAAAAUAGCUCAGCGGCUGUUGCCGCGGUAGUAGUCAGUGCGGCGAUGUCGACGACGAACGACGGUUCGACGGCACAGUGCGGGUGCCGGUGCGGAUGCGGUGGCAGGAGAUUUCCGCUUCCAAAGAUAUCGACGGUUCUUUUUAUUGCGUUUUUGGUGUUAACUCCCGCCAGUUGGCUCGGAGCCGCUGGAAGUUUCGGCGAUGCCGCCGCAUCGGCCACGAGGGGGGUGAAGCAGAAUCAGCAAGAUUCUUCAAAUUUGGGUCGUGGAAGCCAUACACAUGGGGGUGAUCAUUCCCGAGCAUCAAGUCAGAGGGAAGCUGAUCCUGUAAUUGAGGAAGUUACUGCGAAGCAACUCGAACGACUGCUAAAUGAGAAGGACUUUGUCGCCGUUUAUUGGUAUGCGCGGAGUUGUACAACAUGUGAUAAAGUUCUAGGGGAAUUAGAGAAAAUUGACGAUGACACAGAUACCUUCGGGGUUGAUUUUGUUAAGAUCAACGACAAACGAUUGGCGAAACAGUAUGGCAUUAAGACAUUUCCCGCACUCACGUAUUUUAGAGAAAAGGAACCAAUUAUUUACGAAGGGGAUCUCAUGGACGAAGAGAAUGUUCUGGAGUUCUUGACGAGUUUGGAAGCAAUGGAUUUACCUGACCGCAUCGAAGAAGUUAAUGCGAAGAUCCUUGAAAAGAUUGUCGAGGACACCGAUUUCGUAGCAGUUCUCUUCUGUCCUGAUACGGAGCGAUGCACAGGAGCUGGUUCCAACAAACCGGAUUGCAAGAAAUGUGCAAAGGCCCUUCAGGAACUGGAAAACAUCGAUGACGAGGCCGAUCAGCUGGGUAUCGGAUUCGUCAAGAUCGCUGACGAACGACUCGCCGAGGAGUAUAAUCUCGGACCGCUACCUGUUUUGGUCUACUACAGACAUCAGAUACCCAUCGUAUAUGAACACGAGUUGAGUCGAGAAGAAGACGUUCUCGAGUGGCUGGUGGCAAAUAAAAGCACGGGAGACGAGGAAGAUGUUAUUGAAGAUGUGACUGCCAAAACGCUUAAUACACUCAUUGGCAACAUCGACAAUCUAGUUGUACUCUUCUAUGACCAUGGAGAUGAGGAUUCUAUGCAAGUACUGCACGAACUCGAGAAAAUCGAUGAUGAUUGCGAUAAGCACGGAAUUCAAUUUGUUAAAAUUGAUGAUGACAGGGCCGCUAAGGAAUUUGGAAUUGACUCCGUUCCUGCUAUUGUUUACUUUGAGAAACAAAUUCCCAAUGUUUAUGAUGGCGAUAUUGAGAACGAAGACGAGAUUCUUGAGUGGCUGUUAUCGCAAUUGGAAAAGGACGAAAUUGAAGAUGUCACUGACGAGAUGUUGGACCGUUUGGUCAAAGAAGGAAAAACUUUAGCAGUUCUGUUUUACGACAACAAUGAUCGAAAGUCUCAAAGAGUAUUGAGCGAGUUGGAGAACAUUGAUGAUGAGUGUGAUCAACUUGGUGUAAUUUUCGUAAAAAUUGAUAACCCCGAAGAAGCGAAGGAAUAUGGAAUAGAAAAGGUUCCUAGUUUACUGUAUUUUGAAAAAGGAAUUCCAACAUUGUACGAAGGAAAUUUGGAGGAAGAAGAAAAAGUAUUGAAAUGGCUUGAACAUCAGCAAAAGAGCGACCAAAUUGAGGACCUUACUGACGAAAUGCUCGAUAUGGUAAUCGAAAAAAUGCCGCAUGUUGCUGUACUGUUUUACGAUAAAGAUCAGAAGAAGAGUCAAAAGGUUCUAGCUGAACUUGAAAAUAUAGACGAUGAUUGCGACCAACAUAAUAUAGCAUUUGUCAAAAUAGACGAUGAUGAAGAGGCAAAAGAAUACGGAAUUGACGAAUUACCUACCCUAGUAUUUUUCGAGAAAAGGAUACCUCACGUUUAUGAAGGUGACCUAAUGAAUGAAGAUCAGCUCCUCGGUUGGCUUCUUCAUCAAAAGAAACACAGCGAGAUCCCCGAAGUGACUGACGAAAUGAUGGAGAAACUUAUCGAAACUACUCCCUAUCUGGCUGUACUUUUCUAUGACAAAGAUGACAAACAAGAUAUGAGGAUAUUGAACGAAUUGGAAAAUAUAGACGAUGAACUCGAAAAAGCUGGCAUAGUCAUCAUCCGAUUAGACAACGAUGCAGAAGCCAAGGAAUAUGGUAUUGAUCACUUACCAACACUGGUUUAUUUCGAGGAUAAAAUUCCGGCUAUCUACGAAGGUGACCUUCUAAAUGAAGAUGAGGUCCUCAAAUGGCUGAUCGAGCAAAAGGAAACAGCGACAAUUGAAGAAGUCACUGACGAAAUUUUAACUGACCUCAUUGACGAGCAUGAAUACGUCGUUGUUUUCUUCAGUGGUGAUUGCGACGAUGGAGAUGAGUGUGACAAAGUACUGAAGGAAUUGGAAAAUAUUGAUGAUGAACUGGACGAAACUGGUAUUGUGUUUGUGACAACAGAAGAUACGGGAUUGGCCAAGAAACAUGGUAUUAGGUCCUUCCCAACACUGGCUUUCUUUAGAAAUAAGGAGCCUCUGAUAUACAAGGGAGACAUUGAAGAUGAGGAUGAAGUUCUUUCUUGGCUCACUGACGAAAAUACCCUUGAGAUUCCGGGAAAGAUUGAAGAAGUGAAUAGCCGAAUGUUGGAGAACAUCCUUGAUGAAAAUGAUUAUGUCGUCGUAUUCUUCUAUAAGGAAGGUGAUAAAAAAAGUCAGAAGAUCCUGCAAGAACUGGAAAACAUUGAUGACGAAUGUGAGGAAAAAGACAUCGACUUUGUGAAGAUAUCUGAUGAAGGCAUAGAAAAGGAAUAUGAUCUACCGAGCCUUCCAGCUUUGGCAUUCUACAGACACAAGUUCCGGCAAAUUUACACUGGAGAUAUGAUGCACGAGGAGGCAAUUUUAGAUUGGGUACUGGAUCUGCGCACCUCCACCCCUGACGUCAUCGAGAACGUGGACAGGAAGACAUUGCAAGUCCUUAUCAACGAUGUCGAGCACCUUGCUGUGUUUUUCUACGAUGACAAGUGCGAGUCUUGCCCCGAGAUCCUGGAGGAGCUCGAGACCAUAGACGACGACACGGAUAAACAUGGGAUUCAGUUCGUCAAGUCGAAAGAUGCUAAGCUGGCUGCCGAGAUCGGUAUCUUCUCGUUCCCGGCUCUAGUGUACUAUGAGACGGGUGUUCCAAUCAUGUACGACGGAAAUCUACUUGACGAGGCAGAGGUUUUGGAUUGGAUGGUGAAGCAGAAAAAUGAUGCGAGUAUAGAGGAAAUUGAUCGGGAGACUCUCACGAAGUACAUUGAAACAAAGGAAUUUCUAGCCGUUGUUUUCUAUAAGGAGGAGGAUCCGGAAACUCCGAGAGUUUUAAGGCACAUCGAAUUAAUUGAUGAUGAAGCUGCGGAGUAUGGCAUUAAAAUUGUACAGAUGAAAGAUCGACUAAUGGCGAAAAAAUAUGGAUAUAGAAAUCCACCAGGUAUUACAUACUUCCGGAAGGGAAAGUAUAUCAAUUACGAUGGUGACAUUGACGAUGAAGAAGAAAUUUUGGAUUGGCUAACCAAUCCUGAAAAUAUGGAACUUACUGAUCAUAUUGAAAAGAUCAACCGGAAGAUGUUCCUUAAAGUUAGACAGACGACUGAUUAUCUUGCUGUCUUUCUCUAUAGCAACGAAUGCAAACAAUGUAGUCGAGUUCUUUCUGAAAUUGAACAUAUUGAUGACGAUGCUGAUGGCGCCGGAAUAAAAUUUGUCAAACUUGACGAUAAGCAGUUGGCGAAAGAGUUUGGAGUGUUUGCGUUACCAGCCAUUCUUUUCUUCAAAAUGGGAUCAAAAGAACCUGUCAUCUAUGCAGGAGAUUUGUAUGAUGAGGAGCAGAUUCUGCAGUGGCUUAUGACGCAAAAAGAUCCAUCGGGAGAAGUGAUCGAGGCUCUUGAGGGCGAAGAUUUACUUCAUCUUAUCCGGGAGUCAGAUUCAUUAGCGGUCUACUUCUGGAACAGAACACUUUGCGACAUGUGCCAAUCAAAAGUAUACCGCAAGCAGAGGCGCCACAAGCAGGAGCAGAAGUCUACUGAAGCUGAAGCAAGCGAGGAUGUCGAUGAUAGUGACGAGUGUGAGCAGUGUGCGGAAAUACUCGAGGAAUUGGAGAACAUCGAUGAUGAUUGUGAUCGACAUGGAAUUACAUUUGUGAAAACACAAGAUUUUAAAAUAGCAGAGGACUAUGGAGUCACCGAGUUUCCAGUUUUGGUUUACUUUAAAAACCAAAUACCAAAUGUUUUUGAAGGUAGCUUAGAAGAGGAAGAAGAAGUACUUCAGUGGCUGAUCACUCAGAAAACAGAAGAUAGAAUAGAACUGAUAACUCGAGUGAUGCUUGAAACAUCCGUAGAAGACACCCAAUACUUGGCAGUCUAUUUCUAUAAACAGAAUUGUCACAUAUGUGAGGAUAUUUUGGAAGGACUAGAAACGAUAGACGACGAGUGUGACUUAUUCGGAAUUCAUGUUGUUAAGAUUCAAGAUCCUCAACUUGCUAAGAGAUAUUCUAUCAAAACAUUCCCUGCCCUUGUUUACUUCCGAAAUGGAAAUCCUCUUUUAUUUGAAGGAGAUCUUCAGAAUGAAGUUUCAGUACUUGAGUGGCUUUGUGAUGAUGAUGUUCGAGAAUUGAAAGACGAAAUAGAAGCUGUAAAUACGAGGAUGCUGGAACGCCUGCUUGACGAGUCACCUUUCCUAGCUGUAUUUUUCUAUGAGGAAAAUUGUCCAGAGUGUGGGGAAAUAAUAGAAGCUUUAGAGAAAAUCGACGGAGACGCCGAUUUAUUCGGAAUUGACUUUGUCAAAGUCUCUGAGCCUGAAGCAGCUGAAAAAUAUGCAAUUCUCAACCUUCCGUCUCUGGUUUACUUCCGAAAGAAAGUGCCGCUUAUUUACGACGGCGACCUCAUGCAAGAAGACAAAAUAUUGGCCUGGCUUACCUCCCAGGAUGUUUUUGUCCUUAAAAACGAAAUCGAUGAAGUCAAUAAGAAGAUGUUGGACAAACUGUUGGAUGAAAACGAAUUUCUUGCGGUCUUUUUCUACGAUCGCGAUAAUAAGGAGAGUGAGGAAGUAAACGAGAAAUUGGAAAACAUUGACGAAGAGACGGAUAAUUUAGAUAUUACAUUUGUCAAAAUGGCUGACCCCCGCUAUGCCAGGAAGUGGGGAGUGACAAAACUUCCAGCCAUUGUCUACUUCCGCAAAAGAUUUCCUAGCAUUUAUCGAGGUGACAUUCACAGUGAGCAGGAUGUGCUCGAUUGGUUACGCAAAAAUCGAUUCCGCCAACCCGAGCUGAAUAUUUACAUGUAUAUGCUUAUAGCUGUUUCCAUUCUGUUCGCGUUGUACACCGGGUUCCUGCUUUCCUGUUUCCGAACGGAACCACCUGUACCAGCACCUCAUCCAAAGCAAGCGUGAGCAGAAUGAUGGGAGUGCGCGUAUAGACUCAAAAAACGGGAGCUCCCUAAGAAAAUAAUCUAUCUAGUGCAACGCAGAUCAGUUGAACUACUCGUAAUGCCGGAAUGCGAUUUCACGUCUUCAGUUCGAGUUUUGUGGCUAACAGCCCCGAACAUUACAAGACCAAGCAAUAAUUCCGGGCGUUUAACGGUGACAAGUAAAUGCGGAGCGCUGUCGCAUAUGUAUAUACGUAUAUGUGUAAUUAAGUUAGUUAAGUCAAACGCCUUAAAGAAUUUUGAACUUUCAUGAAAGGACCAUAUCUUACUUUAAUCUGAAUUUAACUGAUUCCCGAAUCAGAUUGAGGUUUUUAAGGAAAAUUGUAUUCGUCAAAAGAAAACAAUUGUAAUUCAAGUUUUACCUAGUAUUAAUAAUGUGAGAUAACAAAUGAAGAGUCCGCGAACUAAACCUGUUAAGUAACACUUCAGAAAUUUUACAUGGCGAAGAAUAAUGGUUCCGUGGGCCUAUGCUGUAGAUACCAAACGCAAUUUCCGAAAAUCCAUUUUAAAAAAAGUAAAAAGAAUUUUGUUGUUUCGUUUGCUUCCGGUUAAAAUUGAACUGUUUAAACACAAGAAAAAAAACACUCAUUCACUAGUGGAUCAUAAAAGUUCGUUACAUCUGAAAAAUUUGAAUGAAAUUUUUUCCUUUCGACGAGUAUGUUUUCCUCAGAAAACUUCACAUUGUGAAGUUUCAAGGGAAGAUCUUUUAAUAUAAAUUUCACUUCAAAUAUUUAGGAGUGAGCCUCAAAAUUUUCAAGAAUGUUUGGAAUUCGAGGUUGACUCUUGACCGACUUUCUUUACGAGAUAAAUUCCUCAGCUAGUACAUACAAAUUUUUAUUGAAAUACGAAUUUUCCCCAUUGGAGAUAAGAGAGCUGGUGGAAGGUAAACGGCACUUGAACCAUAUUAUUCCCUUAGGAACCAAUUUAGCUUCUCCUGGUUACAUAAAUUCUCUUCAUACGUUACAGGAUUGGAAACUCAGCUAGAAUAUUAUUUUUUAAAGUGAAACUAGAUGAUAUAAAUAAAAAAAGUUUUAGAUUUUUGAAAAUAAAUAAAAGCAACAAGAGAUUCUUCAAUUCCACAAUCAUUUAUAAAAAGAUUCGUAUUAUAAUACAAAUGUAUUUGAACGAAAUGAUUUGUUAAAGUGAAUACGUACUAAAAGGAAUAGUAUUGGUAAAAUAGAGCAAUAAUUUUCAAUCAAGUGCUUAUUACACGAAAUAAGUAUAAAUAUUUAUCAAAUUAAUUAAAAAAAAUGUAUGCACCUCUUUUUCAGUAAAGUAUAACCUGAAAAUUUUGAUAAAAUAAUCGAAGAUAUGAGAUUUGGAAGGAAUACGUAUUGUGUAAUUUUAUAUUGAUCAUGUUCGACCAAUAAUGUUCUCACAUUGCGAUUGUUUUUCACGCCGGUGUGAAUACUUCUUUUUGUUUAAAGUAAGUAAUGUGUUUGUGUCCGAUGCUGCAAUAGUGCGAUUAUUGCACUAGCAUAUAGUCAUGAUACUUCUCAGGGCAUUUAUUUAAAACAAAUGUCCCACAGAUUGCUGGUAUUAUACAAAUUUCGUUUGCACUUUGAUCAUAAUACGCAUAUAAAUAAAUAGCACUGACAUGGCGAAGAAUGUUCGCUCAAAUACUCUAUAUAAAUAAAUAAGGAAAGAAAUA